GUCAGAGGUUUCUUCAAAAGGUACCGUACAUGCAUCAUCUGGUUUCACCUUCAGAAGCUGUCGUCAUGAAGUCUUGUCUGCUGGCGUUGGCCAUGGCGGUGGUGGCGGUGGUGGUUCUGGUUCCUAGUCUGUCUGAAGGCCGGGUCUUCUCCAGGUGCGAGCUGAGGGAAAAACUGUUGCCACGCAUCAUCGUGCCAAGAGGGUUCAAGAAAGAGUACAAGGAGCAACUCCUGGCAGUGGUGAUCUGUGAAUUGACCAGGCUGUCCAAACUCAACACCAGCUUCGUCAAGGUGGAAGGCGAACGGGUAUCAGCAACUACAGCAACUCCCACAGCACCUUGGGGAAUGCCCACUGAUGAAGUGUUCACUGAUGAAAUGCCCACUGAAGGAACGCCCACUGAUGAAACGCCCACUGAUGAAGCGUUCACUGAUGAAACGCCCACUGAUGAAGCGUUCACUGAUGAAGCGUUCACUGAUGAAGUGCCCACUGAUGAAGUGCCCACUGAUGAAGCAUUCACUGAAGAAAUGCCCACUGAAGAAAUGACUCCAGAGGAACCUGCUCAAACAACACCAACCACUGAAGCAACACCGUGGUUUGAUUUCUUUGGAGAAGAAACGACAACUGAAGAAACACCCACAACGAAAACCACCAAAGCAACAACUGCGCCACCAAUGACUUCCAAAACAAACACCACUGAAGUUGUGACAACCAAAGCGACAACAAGGAGUAGCUCAUCGACCCCUGCACUCGCCGAAACGACUCCUCAAGCUGGCAAGAAACGCCGAAAGCGCAUGGUUGACGAAUUAAGCCCCGAACACAACUGGACGCUGUCUGAGUUACGUAUGGAGGCGAUGGUGAACAUGCUGAAGAGCAAUUGUGAUGAGUGGGAGAUCGAAGAGGCUGAAAUCUGGAUGCGCAGUGAGGACAGUGACGGCAGUGAGGAGGGAGAGUAUGAAGGUAACCAGAAGCCUUGGUCCCUUGGUACCUACGGGGUCUUCCAGCUGUCUGAUGGCUACUUCUGCGACUCUGGUCAUCGCUGGUCCAGAAACAAGUGCAAUACAACCUGCAGUGCCUUCACCGAUGAUGACAUCACGGACGAUAUUGGCUGCCUGGUGAGGACCGGUUGCUGGAAGAAAAUCUUUCAGGGUUGCGACGGCAAGUGUUUGAGUGUCAAGAACUACUUUGACGGAUGUAAAUGAGCAGGACUUCACGCAGGACGACGCACGGGCAUUUAUUCUCUUUAUCUUUACCACAAACGCACCAAUGUGACCUGUAAACGCCGGUGAUUGUUUUUCUCCCAAACUCUGUGAACCAGUUCUUGUUUCUUUAUUUUUUUUUGUGAUUUUUUUUAAAAUUUUUUCUUUCCAUAAAAUAAGAAAAAAUACAAAAAAAUUCAUUGUAUUUUUGUAAUGUUCACAUGUUCUUGUUUCUUUAUGAAGUCACAUUGCAGCGAUGCUAACUAGCUAACACAAGAGUUGAAAUGUUAUUAUAGUUAUUGUUUAAUUUCUGCUGACUUAAAUCUGUCAAUAGAUGCUGUGGUGUUUGCAUUUGAUUGGAUGUUUGUAAAGGAAAGAUUGGCUGUUAAACAGUUUCUGAUCAUACCACUUUUAUUCUUCUGUUUGCACUAUAAUCAGAGACUCAGUCUGAUGUUUACACUUUAUUUUGAAAUGGUACAAAGAAGAACUGUAGAGGGAAUCUGGAAUCUGGAAUCUUGUUUAUGAAUAAAGUUUUAUUUUGUAAUUUCAAUCAUCA